AUGGUCGACGAGGCCGUGUUCCCGGCGGCGGCGUACUUCUCUAUGGCCAUGAAAGCCACCACACGAAUGACUGAGCUCGGCGCUGGCAACGUCGAGAUUGCCAACUACGUCCUUCGCGACGUGUCCAUCAAAAGGCCCUCGUCACGCCCGACGACGACAACGGCAUAG